CCUUUCAGAACAAAACCUCAUCCCCAAAGAGAAGGCAGUGAGAGAGGGAGCGAUAUAGAAAACGAGUCUCUUCCUUUAUAAAUCAUCCCAUUUUACAAAUUACAAAAUCUCCCUUUCCCUCUCUAAUUCUCUCUUCUUUGUAUAUAUAUAUAUAUACAGCCUUCUCCUUUUCAAAUCAUUUGAGGGGUUACGAAACCCUAGAUUCGAGACUUGAGAUCUGCAAACUAACGAAAGAGAAUGGCUGAACAAGGAAUGGAAGGGAGUCAACCAGUUGACCUUAUGAAGCAUCCUUCAGGGAUUAUUCCAACUCUUCAAAACAUUGUCUCGACAGUGAACUUAGACUGCAAGCUUGAUCUCAAAUCCAUAGCUUUGCAGGCUCGUAACGCUGAAUAUAACCCCAAGCGUUUUGCUGCAGUAAUCAUGAGGAUAAGAGAGCCAAAGACUACAGCGUUGAUCUUUGCUUCUGGGAAAAUGGUGUGUACCGGAGCUAAGAGUGAACAUUUUUCAAAGCUGGCUGCGAGAAAGUACGCUCGGAUUGUUCAAAAGCUUGGCUUUCCUGCAAAGUUCAAGGAUUUCAAGAUUCAGAACAUUGUAGGGUCUUGUGAUGUCAAAUUCCCCAUUAGGCUUGAAGGUCUUGCAUACUCUCACAGUGCUUUCUCAAGUUACGAGCCUGAACUGUUUCCAGGACUGAUAUAUAGGAUGAAACAACCAAAGAUUGUGCUGCUUAUUUUUGUGUCAGGGAAGAUUGUUAUAACUGGAGCCAAGAUGAGAGAAGAGACUUACACGGCCUUUGAGAAUAUCUACCCAGUUCUUACAGAGUUCAGGAAAAUCCAGCAAUGAUAGUAUCAGGGAAAAGAAAACAUGUUUACGUUUGGAUUGCCAUGAACUAGAGAUCCCGGGCGGUGGCAAGCGCUUGGGUGAGGUUAUUUUCCUUAAACAAAAAGGACUUGGUUUGAUGAUUCAGAUUGAAAAUCAGAAUUUGUAAAUACAGAAUGGAGAUUCCAAUCUCUCUUUCUUUUUUUUUGGUCUAAGUUUCUUCCGAGUAUUGUGUUUCAUGUAAUGUUUGUUUUAGUGAGCAGUACCCAGAUUGUUAAAGAGUAACUUAUAACUUGUCUACUAACUAUGUCUAAUAAGACACCAAGACUGUAAUAAACUCCUUUAGGCCUA